AUGUCUUUCAACCCGGACUACGAGAACAUUGCCACCGCCUUCAUCCAACACUACUAUGCAAAAUUCGACAAUGGAGAUGGAAUGGCUCGGGCUCAAGGACUCGCUGAUUUAUACGACCCAGAGAACUCCUACAUGACGUUCGAGGGACAACAAGCCAAAGGACGCGACGGAAUUCUUCAAAAGUUCACGACUCUCGGAUUCACGAAAAUUCAACGAUCCAUCACGGUUGUUGACUCACAGCCACUUUAUGACGGAUCUAUUCAAGUUAUGGUUCUCGGACAGCUCAAGACCGACGACGACCCAAUCAAUCCCUUCUCCCAAGUCUUCAUCCUCCGUCCAAACAACCAAGGAUCGUACUUCAUCGGAAACGAGAUCUUCCGGCUCGAUUUGCACAACAACUAG